GGGCAAGCGAACUAUUCAGCGGCGAAUGCAUGUCUGGAUGCCCUUGCAUCUUGGCGUCGCUCGAACGGUUUGUGUGGUCAGAGCAUUCAGUGGGGGCCGUGGAUCGAGCAGGGAAUGGCAGCGCGGCUGCGACACGAGGUGGAAAAGCUGGGCCUUCGUGGAAUAACGAACGAGACAGGCGUGCGUGUGUUGGUGGACUGCCUGCGCGGAGGCGAUUUGCCAGUUCCGGUGCUAUGCCAGGCGUUCAGAUGGAAGAAAUACAGCGAGCAGUUUGACGUCAUGCCCCGCCUCUUUGAGUACGUGGAGUUAGACGUCACUACGCCUGCAGCGUUGCGUCAGCUGUACAGCUCGAUGACCCCUGAUCAACUCAAAGAGCACGUCACGAAAGUUGUGGUGGAUACGGCCAGGCAGGUUCUGGGAGCCACAGAAGUCCCACCGCUGGAUUCGCCUCUCCAAGAAUUAGGGAUCGACUCCUUGGGGGCUGUGGAGCUUCGUAACGGUCUUGCCCAGAGGCUUGGGGUCAAACUCUCGGCAACAACGCUGUUUGACUACCCCACCAUUGGCGCCAUCAUCAACUAUAUCCAGGAGCAAAUAUCUGGGAACAUUACUCCUGGAACGUCUGAAAUCGCAACGUCUGCCAUGCCAGCGGUGGUGCAAACGCAAGGACUGGCCAUUAUUGGAGCUUCCUGCAGACUUCCUGGCCGGAGCGAGAACCCUGCUGCGCUUUGGGAGAUGCUGCUCAGGGGAAAGGACUGCGUCUGCGAAAUCCCCUUGACGCGUUUCGACGUUGACCUCUUCUACGAUGCUGAAAUAGAUGCCAAGGGUAAAAUGUAUGUUCGCAAGGCAGCGUUUGUAGAGAACGCCGAGAUGUUUGACAACACCUUUUUCAACCUGUCCGCGGCGGAAGUCAAUUACAUGGACCCACAGCAAAGAAUGGCUCUAGAAGUUGCGUACGAUGCUUUCUAUUCGGCGGGAUAUUCUCGAGACACGCUCUUGGGGAAGUCUAUGGGGGUGUGGAUUGGCUGCUGCAACUCGGACUGGCACUUCCUGGAGCAACAAUCGGAUCCUUUUAAAAGCAGCAGUUAUUCGGGCCCUGGCGGCUCUGGCUGCUUGGUUUCGAAUAGAGUUUCUUACGUCUUUGGGAUUAACGGCCCCAGCAUGACGAUCGAUACGGCGUGUUCGUCUUCGCUCGUGGCUAUGGACUCGGCAUUCCAAGGCAUUCGACUGGGGUACUGCAGCGGGGCCCUCGUAGCGGGCAUCAACUUGAUGCUCUCGCCGCAGCUUUUCCUCGCUUUUUGCAAGGCACGCAUGCUUUCUCCAGAGUGCCGGUGCGCAACUUUCGACGCCGCUGCAAAUGGAUAUGUGCGUGGAGAGGGCGCCGGAGCGGUGGUUCUAAAGCCUGUUCAGGAAGCAGAGGCUCAAGGCCAAAGGAUUCUGGCUGUCCUAAAGGGCACGGCGGUGAGUCACAAUGGCCGCAGCGCGAGUCUCACGGCACCCUUUGGUCCCAUGCAGCAGGAAUGCAUGAAACUCGCCCUUCGGCACUCGGACGUGAAUCCCAGAGACGUUCGAUACAUCGAGUCGCAUGGCACAGGAACUUCGCUCGGGGACCCCAUUGAGAUGGGAGCCAUUCGCGCAGUUUAUGGCGCGAAUAGAACCGAAAGCAACCCUCUGAUCGUGGGAGCCCUUAAGUCGUAUAUUGGGCACUUAGAGGGAGGAGCCGGCAUCGCGAACGUUCUGAAAGUACUUGUGUGCCUCGGUAAACGUUCGGUGCCUCCGAACUUGCACUACACAACGCCGAACCCCUUCAUGGAUAUCGAAGGGUUCCCUCUUGUGCUCCCGACAUCCGUCAUUCCUCUGGAACCGGCAAUGAAUAAGGCUAAAAUUCUCGCAGGCACCAGCUCUUUCGGAUUCGGUGGCGCGAAUGCGCAUGUAGUGCUCGAAGAAUACAUUCCAACUGGCGGAGCAGUUCCCACUUUCCACAAAGACGGCAAGAGGAAAAUCGCCUUCUUCUUUACCGGGCAAGGAAGCCAAUACCCGAACAUGGCCAAAGAACUUUAUGAACAAGAACCUGUAUUUAGGGCUGCUUUGGAGGAAUGCAACCAAGUGUUAGCCGAAUGGCUCCCCUACCAGUUGGUGGAAGCGAUGUAUCCGCUCGCAGGAAAGCCUGAGGGACCGUCCCUGCAAGAGCAAGCGCUGUACGCACAGCCAGCAAUAUUCGCCUUGGAGUACUCUCUUCUGUGCGUUGCCAAAAGCCGAGGCCUGGAGCCAGACCUGGUACUUGGCCACAGUAUCGGAGAAUAUGCGGCAGCGGUGGCUGGAGGCAUCAUGAAUUUGAAGGACGCCCUUUGCCUGAUUGUUGAGAGAGGAAAGAUCAUGCAGGGCAUUGAUCCGCGUGGGGGAGUUAUGGUGGCUUGUCGGUGCUCACAGGAGGAUGCUCAGAGGGCCAUUGACGGCCUUGGGAAUUCUGCAAAGACGGUGGAGGUGUCGGUCAUCAACGGACCUCGAAGUAUUGUGCUGUCUGGUCAGGAGGCAGAAGUUCUUCAAGUUGUGGGGGCUCUGGGCGUCGGAGAAAAAUACAAAAGACUCAAUACAACUCAUGCUUUCCACUGCAGUUUGGUUUCCGAUGCAGUGGAGCCCAUGAAGAACGCGCUCCAAGGGAUUGAACUCACAGAACCGACUGUAACGUUCGUGUCAACGGCCUUGGGCACGAGGGCAACGACUGAAGUCUGCACGGCUGAAUACUGGGCACACCAAAUUACGCGUCCGGUACAAUACAUGCAAGCACUGCAGACAGCAAUUGAAUGCGGCACCUCGAUCAUUGUUGAGAUUGGCCCCAGGCCAACGCUCAUUACAAUGGCGCAGCAGUCCGUAAAGACGUCCGAUGUUUUGUGUGUUUCACUCCUUGAUCCGAAGGCAUCAGAUAUGCAACAGGUUUCAGAAAGCAUUGGCGCGGUCUUUUCGAGCCAUGAGCGCCAGCACGAAUGGAAGCGGCAGGCCUUCCCAUGGUUCCGGCUGACAACGCCGCUGGUGGACAAGGUGCAAAGCGAGAGCGCCGGUCAUGCCACAGCUAAAACCAUCUUGGACAGUCAUGUCUUAGAUCUUCUGCAAGAUCACGUCGUUAACCAGCAGCCCAUUAUGCCUGGCGCGGCCUUCCUGGAGAUCAUGAGCAGUGCAGCUUUCAUGCACCUGGACGGCAAAAUCCCCAGCACGGCAACUGUGCUUACGGACGUGGAAUUCGAUCGUCCUAUGAGCUUGCUGGACCCCGAGAGCACACAGAUGGGGCGCGAAACAAGCUUGGCUGUUCUGGUCACCCUUAAUAAGGAAGAGGUUCAGGUAAAGAGCCACGUCGAGGAAGAGGAUGAAGCCGUUAUCCAUUGUCGGUCAUCAGUACGGGUUGCUCCUGCUGCAAGUGUGUUCGACAUUACGGAAGGCUGGGACUUUUUGGAGGCCGCUAAGAAACGCAUACAAGAAGCGGUUCCUGUAGAGGAGCUCUAUAGGGUAAUGGCGCUGUGUGGCCUUCAGUACAAGAAGCGAUUCCAGACUAUUCGGGAAGCCUACAGGACUGCGAGCGAAUGUAUUUGCAAGCUGCAGCUCCAAGGGCCUCUGCUGCCCUUUGAAAGCCUGUUUCGCUUUCAUCCAGCUCUGAUGGAUGGUGCACUUCAAUCGGCUUCCUUACUGCUGGACAGCAUGCAGUCCACGCGCCCUAUGGUUCCGGUAGGCAUUCGCAAGGCAACGAUGGUAAGACUGCCACCAGACAUUCCUGUCUGGUGUCACUGUACUCUUAAGAAGAAAGACGCGAGCAGCGCUGUCCUCGAUAUUACGAUCUAUGGAGGUAAGGGGCGGCCGUAUGCAGCCCUUCAGGACCUCUCGGUACGGGUGGUAGACUUGACGCAGCGCGCAUCCAUUCCCAGGAAUUUCUUGUGGGAUGUUAAGUGGCGUUUGCGAUUUCCUGAGGGAGACGAGGCAGCUGUAGACACCACAAAAACCGAGGGCGAGAGCGCUUCGUGUAGUGAAAAUCGGGGAGAGCAAGAUGACAUCGAGACUCGUACAACUUCCCCUCAGUCGGAUCCACCACCGACCCGCUCCCUGCCGAUUCUGUUGGUCCGUUGCCCCUCGACGUUCAUGGAGGAAGUGAAGGGGAAAUGCACGGCGUUUCCUUUCCACGUGGCCUCGGCGGAAGAAGUGCAGGGCAGCCUGGCCACAAGGGGCUCAGAAAGCAAAGUCAUGAAUGCGAUUGUGUACAUGGGGUCUCUUGAUACGACCGUUUCCGAAGUGGAUUGUAUUGCGGACUGCAUUCUCAUAGCCAAGGCGCUGGCGCAAACGCCAGCCCACGUCGAAAUCCCGCCAACGUUCAUUCUUACCGCUGGUCAGAUUCAAGCCGUCGAAGACGACGUGGUAGUCAGUCCAACGCAUGCGGGUGUCUGGGGCUUCUGCCGUUCGGCCCGCCUUGAAGUCGAAAACACGAUUGGGCGACCUGUACAGCUCGGCUGCCUGGAUGUCUCCCCAGAAAUAGCCGCUGAGCCUGCCAGUUUGGCAAGCAUUAUUACGCAAGUCGUGAGAAGCGCUUCUUCGGCACCCUCAGAAGUUGAACUCUGCGUUCGGAAAGGCAAACAAUACGUGCCGCGUCUGACAAAAUCCCCUGUCGAGUGUCGUGGCUCACUGGAGCUGUACAUGGGCAAUCGUGGAGCGCUAAGCAUGCUCAAGCUGCGCCCCCUCCCUGCCGCGUGUAGGAUGGCCCCUCCUGAAGGAUGCGUGGAAAUACGCAUUCGCGCGGUUGGACUGAACUUCAGAGACGUUCUCAACGUCAUGGGUUUAUAUCCAGGAGACCCUGGCCUGCCAGGAGCCGACUGCGCUGGCACGAUCGUGCGUGUGGGGGCAGGGGUGACGAGAUUCCACGUCGGAGAAAACGUGUACGGAAUAGCGCCUGGCUGUCUCCGCAGUUUCGCAAUUACUUCUGCCGAACUCGUCCGGCGCAUGCCGGCGAACUACGCAUUCGAAGAGGCGGCAGCUCUUCCUGUCGUGGCUGCAACUGUGGAGUACUCCCUAGGAGACCUGGCCAAGGUCAAGGCAGGCGACAGAGUGCUCAUACAUGCUGUCACAGGGGGCGUGGGAAUCGCUGCCAUUCAGCAUUGCCAGCGCGUAGGCGCCAUCAUCUACGGAACCUGCAGCGGUGGGCGCAAGGCGGACUACGCCAAAACGUUGGGGGUGCAGUACAUUACGACGAGCCGCGAUGCCUCAGUCUUUGCGAAAGCCAUGCGCGAGUUCCUGGGGCCAGAAGGGCACAUUGACGUUGUGCUGAAUACGCUCAUCGACGAAUACAUUCCGGAGUCUCUGAAGCUGCUAGGGCCGAAUGGCCGCUUCAUGGAACUGGGCAAGCGGGGCAUCUGGACGCAUGAACAAAUGAAGGAAGCG